AUGUGUGGUGGACAAAUUCUUAUUCAUCCUUGUUCACAUGUGGCUCAUAUAUUUCGUAAAGAAACACCGUAUAAAUUUUUAGACAAUGAAAAUAUAUUUGUUACAAUAUUUAAAAAUUAUAAACGAGUAACAUUAGUUUGGCUAGAUGAAUAUAAGAGUUUGAUAUACGCUGUUAAUCCUGACAUAAAACGUUUGGAUGGUGGUGAUGUAUCCUCGCGUAGUCAACUACGAAAAAAUUUAAAUUGUACAACAUUUCGCCAUUAUAUAGAAACAUUUCAAUUAAAAAAUUUUCCAUUUUCUUAUCAAUGGAUUGGAACAAUAUCUAAUAGUGAUCAUCAAUGUUUGGAUUCAAUGUGUGGACCAGAUAUAUCAAAAAGUGUCAGAGGUUUUGUAUCUGUGCAAGCCUGUCAUAUGGAUGGUGGAAAUCAAAUAUUUAUGUAUACAACGACGAAGAAACUUCAAUUUGAUGAAUUAUGUUUGGAGCCAGAUGAUGAACAUACAGGAAAGCAAGAAGAACGAAAAAUCUUAUUUACAGUUUGUGAGGACAAUCGACAAGAACAAAAUUGGCUUUAUAAUGAAGAGACAAAUCAACUUGUACAUGAAAAAACACAAGAUUGUCUCGAUGUAAUGACAGAUACAAGCGUUGUUAUCGAUAAAUGUAACAGUGAACGUCAGUUACAGAAACGGUCAUUUGGAAAAGAAGUUGAAUUAAUUUUAUGA